CACGCUACAACUAUUAGCUGUACAAUGUUGCAGCUUUAUGCCGUACUUGUUAAGUGCAUGCAAGAUGGAUCGCUGGAGAGAACGCAGAUCGGCCUUCGCGGCACUUAACCGUAAGCUCUCCGACGAAGAGUGCAGGGACGUCGUUACUGGUCCGAGACCGAGAAUAGUCUUUUAUCGUGGCUUCGGUAGAAGUGCUCACAGAAGAAAAAGUGUGUACCUACGCAUGUUGAGGUGGCCAAGCAAGACGAAAUGCGUGGCACACGCGUGCAUACGCCAUGCAGUAAACAAUCCUACAUCUGGUACGCAGCCAUACGCGCCGCCGCGAUUCAUAAAUGAAGAAAGUACUCAAAAGUACACCGAUUUCCCAUUUCCGGAGGCAUCGCGGCUACCAUUUUAUUAAUAGCGGAAGCCAAUUCCGAGAUCACCGUUCGAUGAGUAACGCAGCGGGAUCACGAAUAAAUUUAGAUGCGCGUUGUAAAUAAGCGUGUAUCACUUUGAGGAAUGAUUAUUUACGAGUUUUCAAAAAGUACACAUCACGCGUUGCCCCGCGGUACACUGUCAGUCGCCUGUCGCGCCCGACAAUCGCAGCACGCGAAGAGUUCGAAAUAAACCGAGCCAAGAAUUUUGUCGGCUUGGAGUUCCUUUGACGCGAUGCGAAAAGAAAAAAUAGAGAUAGGUGAGCGAGAGAGUCGUUUAAAAAUCGCUACGCGUCCGAUUCAUUCUGAAAGAAACGUCCAAGAUCGAUUCACUUCGUCAUCGAAGUAACAAAAUAGAACUGUGACGUGAAAAUUCCGUUUGCGAGCCAGGUUUAAACUUCUGUAAUAUACGCAUUUAUUGCUAUAAGAAUCGUGAUUCUGAAUUUUAUAUUAGAAAAAUAUUAGAAGUACGCAGUGUUAUUUGAAAAAGCUCCAUCAUUUCUAUGCAUUAUUAUAAAAUAUACUAAUAACAUUAGAUUUCUUAACCCUUUCGUAUCUCCAGGACACAUAUGUCCCACCUACGAAAAAAAUCACAACUUUUAAACAAAUAAUCUUAUCGACUUUUACGUUGACUCGUUUUAAGAAGAAGGUUCAAGCUACAUAUAAUAAAAUCGCACACUUUAAAAUGUAAUAUUUUCAAUAAAUUGUAAUUUUCUAAACUUUGUGUGUGCAAAAAAUCCAACUUUUAGGUAAUGAAGCAUAACCGUAUAUUAUGUCGAGAAAACUUAUAAGAAUUGAUGCUAAUUAUAUACUUAAAGUCUCAUUUAAAUGUGAUUACAACUUUAUUAUGAUAAAUAUUAUAAUAGUGUGUAUGUGUAAUCAAAGUGUGAACAACUCACAAUUUAUGUCACGUUCGAAGAACUUUUACUGUUCUAAAUACAUUUUAAUAUAAAUUUGUAAUAUAUUUUAAUAUAUUAUUUUAAUAUAUAUUUUAAAACAUAAAAUCCAAGCUCAUAUUUUAAAUAAACGGAUAUUUCAGUUUUUCAUUUUAAAUCCGCUAUUUUGCAUUUAAAUUUUGUAUCAGCACCCUCAAAACCUAAGAAUGCUUUUGGGAAAGCCGGAGAUAUAAAAGGGUUAAAAGUGUAUUAAUGCAAACAGAAACGAUAAAAUAGAAUUUUAAUAAUCUUACUAUAACGCAUAAAAUGCGUAUUAAGUUAUGAUGUCCCAACAGACUCGUUAGCUGUUACUGCAUUUGCUCUCAAGCGGGUUUCAUACGUUGUAAAUCUAUAAAUAUCAGCGUGGGGUUGUACCCAAGGAGGCGCCGACCAUCGAUAGUCAAAAUUCACAGUGCCAGGGCAGAACCCCCGUGUUAGAUCUGAUGGCUGGCUGCGAGGCAGCUUCACUUCAAAUCAGUAUAUAGCCACCGUAAAUCAGACAGAUUUUACGUUCCAGACGAACAACACGGAUUGCCAGAGGACACUCGCAAUUUUAUGCAUGCAGUUUUACGUCCCGUAUUAUGGAUGACAGUUGAAGAGACAUGCGAAGAGUUUCUGUCGACGUGUAACUUUAUUGUGUGUGUUAUUGGCGUCUCUAUUGGAGCAGAACCCGUUGCUUGUUGUAGGACGAAUGACGAUAAUUCAAACUUAUUUACUUAUACCUAACAGUUAUAGAGCGUAAUAAAGGAACAUCUGCGUAGAAAGAUAAGAAAAGCUCAUUCGACUCUUUACUUUAUUUUUUUUCAUAAUGUACAUUGAAACGCGUAUUUUACAAGUCCGAAGACUUGGAAUAAAAAAUGAGAAAAAGGGGAAUUGAUAAUAGAAAUGAAAAUUAAUUAGAGUAUGUUAUCAACAAAUAGCGAAUAAUUAUUAUUAAUUUUUAUAUUCAUAUAA